GCUAGCAACCCACGCAGCAGAAGACUGCUAUACGGAUCCGCCUUCAAGUCGCCCACAUUCGUUUUGGCUCCGCCUAGAGGAUACAGCUCCGCCUCUGAAAAUUGUACGGUCAGACAGCUGAUCCUGAGCGGACUCGUGUCUGAUUCGCAUACGCGGACGCGACAAACCAAACCGGCGCGCGCCGCCUAGAGUUAUAGGCUCCGCCUACGCGCGCUGAGCCGACCAAUGUCUGCACCCGCAGACGUGGACGCGCCUACUAGCGUGUACGCGCAUGAGCCAAGAUCUCUGGACUUUCUUUGCUGGAACACGAACAUAAGUAUAGAUUUAUUGAUUUAUUGCUACAUUCGCAGUAAAGAUCAGCCUUUGUGUUUCCAUCAUCGUUUAUGUAUGAUUGUAAUGACGUUGUUUGAUAUUAGGACUAGCAGUAAAACUUUAUAUUCUGCAAAAAAAAGGCUUUAUUUCCAGCGCCGCCUCCCAGAAUGCUUUGCAUGGGGACGUGCGUCUGACGUCACGUAUACAGAAAAUUCGAAAUGGCUGCACGCGGUAGGUGAGGCCCGAGCGAAGAAAAGUGGAAAAGAUUGUUAUUCGUCAAAAAACCCACACAACGACGGUCAUUUUUUCGCCGUGCUAUUGUAAAAUUGUCUUUUAUCUGUGUUUUGUGUUCCGGGGGACCCCGACUCCAGAAUGUGAAAGUUUCCCGCGUGAAGCGUGGAGCUCGAGAUCCUGUUUACUGUGGACUAGCUGUGUGUGACGCCAUGUUGUUUUUGUUUCCAUUACAAAAAAAGCUCCACCGUCUCGCUGAGUGCCAGCAAGAGUCAUGAGUACUUGUCAACUCGACUCCUCAACUGGAGAUAACUUUCUAGCACCUCACCAUGGGGAAGGAUGUAUUCAUAUGCCUUCACCAGCACAUGCAUUUAACAUGCAGAGAGUUACACAAGUUCUUACCACCUUGGGGCACCAUUCAGACAACUACAAAGACGCAUUAAAAAUAAUGCAACAAUAUGGAAAGGGCUGCAACACCUCAGACCUGCAAUCUGAGGCAGAGAACGAGGAGCUGCCAGAAAAAAGGAACAGGAAGCCAGUCCAUCGUCUCGGGGACUCAGAUGAUAGCGAAGAAGACCCGGGAAAUAGUGACCUCACAUCUCUGGGGUUGGCAAGCCAAUUGCACAGGCAGACUCCACCGUCUCGCCGAGUGACAGCAAGAGUCAUGAGUACUUGUCAACUCGACUCCUCAACUGGAGAUAACUUUCUAGCACCUCACCAUGGGGAAGGACGCAUUCAUAUGCCUUCACCAGCACCUGCAUUAAACAUGCAGAGAGUUACACAAGGAACGGCAGUCCCUCCUCGACUCCCUCCACCCCCCUCACCAGCAGCCCUCAACAUGUGGCAGACCCAGGAGCCUGGAUCCAGCCUGGCCUACAGGCCAACAUGGCGAGGGGGAAGAAUGGCCGACAACAUUUCCUGCUCUGCGCCUGAGGUAAUCCACAUCCUUAGCCUGCUGGAAACUAUUAAGCACAACCAAGACCAGCUGAUUGCGAAGGUGCUGUGAGUAAAAAUGUGUUGACAAGGUCAGCCACGGACGCUGAGGUCACCAAACACGCCAUCAGGUGGUUCAACUUGGCGGGGGAUCGGGCAACGAGGAGACGAGUCCCGCUUCCACCUCCUCAGGAGGAAUAGAGAUGUAUAUGUAUAAAUAAACAACC